AUGGCCUCCGCAUCAUCUUACAUGUCCCUCCAGGGAGGCUAUGCCCGUCGACAGGAUAAGUCACCUUCGAUGUUCAUCUCCUCGACAGUGCCUAUCGUGCAUGAAAACACAAUCAUCCUCGCAGUUACUCAACCCACCCUCUCCACAGCUGGUCCACAAGAAGAUGGUUGGCUUAUAUCGGACUUUUACGCCUUCAACUAUCUGCUCAAAGGGCUCGGUAUGAAGCAGACCUGGUUAACUGCCGUGGAGCCCUCGAAGCUCGUCCAGAAAUACGGAUCAUACCUACAUGGAAAUCCGUAUGAGUCCAGGAUAUGUCUAAGCCAAGAACUCAUAGACAACAAUGAGUUCUCGCCUGUAACGGUGGUUAACCCGGCAAUAAUGAUCGAUCAAUUCCUAAUAGAAGCGAAGGAAGCUUCAGAGGUGGCUAAGAGACAUUCAGCACCCCUUCUUCUCCUUGUCUUCUGCCACACACUCCCCGGAUUUGAUUUUCUUUUAGGCAAUGAGACCAAGCACAAGGGUCUAACUGCCACCGGGUUAAAAGGUGUGCUUGAGCCCGGAGUACAUGUCAGCCUAGUUGCUACGGCAUGUCACUCCGGUGGCUGGGUCACAAUCCCAGAUUUCAACCACACCACCAUGGCAGCAGCUUACGUUACUUGUGAAAAUGUGGGAAAGGCGAAUGCCCGGGCCGAUUUGGAGAGUAUCGCCCGGACCUGCGGUUCUGCCUUCGCGAGCACGAUCGUGGAGAGUCUGUCCAGCGCAGCAAGCCCACUCCUUUGCGCCAGCGAAAGGUCCGAGCCAUCAAGUUCUCUUAAAACCAUGCCCUCGAUACAGCCUGAAGGCCUUGAUCAAUGCCAGGCGCUGGCAUAUAAUGCGUUAUGCGAUUCGAUCUCGCGAACAUGUGAACAGCGUGUAACUCGACUUUGGAAUGCCCAAGGUUUCAGUUCCAACGUGCAGGAUGACCAUUGGGAUUCUUCCUGGACAGGACGAACCGGCGUGCCACUGAGUUAUUUUGAACGGCGGUGGGAGGCGCUCACCCCUUACACCUACACCGGACCAGCGCUUAUUCGUGACCUUGGAAACACACAACCAAACAGCUCUGGCUUUCUUGGGGCUGGCCCUACAAGCAGUGGCAGCGCAAGCGAGAUUGUUGAACAAAUGACGGAUAAUAUUACCCACGGACGGAUCAAAGCCAUGGGCCGACAUUUCCGCCAAACCUGCCCCGGAGACUGGGAUAGAGGACGAAUGGUAGGAUUCGGCGGAACAUUGCGAGCAUACAUUGAGCGCGACGAGUAUAAGGAACGGGCGCCUAUGUUUGCAGCAACUAUCCGGUUCCGCUGGGAAAUGGCACUUCUUACAGACUACGUCGUUAGCUACUUCAACCUUCCUAAGCCCGACAAUCAGAUAUGCAUAAUGUGGAACGGUUUUGCCUGGAUGGUCAGGAUGGACAAAGCCGAUCCUACUUGGCAUGAGCGCGAGGAGAAAAUCACCCGUGCCCUUGGCGAGUGUUUCCACCUAGUCCCCCGUGAUGAUCAAGGUCCGUUGUUCUUCCGACCUAAUUGGUACUUGACAGCUUCUCUCGUCGAGGCAAACAAGCCCCACGAGGAGACCAUGGCGAUCAUCUCCGCUAUCAUUCAGUUUAUGGAGACAUUGAAUUAUUUCCAUAAGCAGCGUGCUUGUGAGGAUGAGUGUGUCCGCCGCUGUGCCCGAGAUUGGUUUAAGUCUAUCGGCAGACGAGCUCUUCAGUCACUUUCCCCGUGA